GGAGAGAGAGAGAGAGAGAGAGAGAGAGAGAAGAGGGCGCGAUGCGAGCGGCGUGGGUCCUGCUGCUGGGCUUGGCCCUCGUGCCCUGGGCCCCGGUCCCCUCGGGGGCCUCCGUCGCCGAAGAGGGUCCUGGAAGCGCCCGCCCGACCGUCUCCACCCGACUGGGGCGCCUGCGGGGGACCCUGAUGAGCGUGGAGGGCGCUGCUGGCCCCGUCCAGGCCUUCCUCGGGGUCCCUUUCGCCAAGCCCCCCCUGGGCGCCCUCCGCUUCGCGCCGCCUGAGCCGCCUGAGCCCUGGCCCCAGCUGAGGGAGGCCGCCUCCCAGCCCCCCAUGUGCCUGCAGGACCUGAGCUGGAUGCAGGAGAUGAGCCAAGCGCUGAAUGUGACGCUGCCCGACAUGGCCGUCUCUGAGGACUGCCUCUACCUCAACGUCUUCACGCCGGACACAGAGGCCAAAUUGCCGGUGCUGGUCUGGAUCCAUGGCGGGGCCCUGGUUAUGGGGUCCGCCUCCCCAUACAACGCGCCCAGCCUCUCUGCCUUUGAGGACGUGGUGGUGGUGGUCCUUCAGUACCGGGUGGGGAUCCCGGGCUUCUUCAGCACCGGAUCCAAGGAGGCGCCUGGCAACUGGGGCUUGCUGGACCAGGUGGCAGCCCUCAGGUGGGUCCAGGAGAACAUCGAGGCCUUUGGAGGAGACCCCGCUUUGGUGACCAUCAUGGGAGAGUCGGCCGGAGGGUUCAGCGUGGGGGUCCAGGUUUUGUCCCCCUUGUCCAGGGGCCUCUUUCACAGAGCCAUCUCAGAGAGCGGAGUCGCCCUCCUGUCCAGCCUCCUUGUGAGGAGCCCCGGAGCCAUGGUCCAGACAGUUGCCAAUGUCUCUGGCUGUGAAGCCAGCAGCCCAGCUGCCCUGGUGCUUUGCUUAAGGAGCAAGACGGAGGAGGAACUGGCUGCCCUGAACAUCCAGCUGUGCCAGGUCCUUGGAAUUGUCCCUGCUGUGGUUGAUGGGGAGUUCCUUCCAAAGACGCCCGAGGAGCUACUAGCUGUGAAAGAGUUCAGCAAUGUACCGUAUCUAAUCGGCAUCAAUAACCACGAAUAUGGGUGGAUUCUCCCUCAGACACCUCUCUUCCCUUCCAUCACGGAGAGCAUGGACCGGGAAGCGGUGGAGGCUGCCUUCCAGCAAUCGGCAUCUUUCCUGAGGCUCCCAGUGGAGGCCAUGCAGAGAGCCAUGGAGGAGUAUUUGGGGGAGACGGAAGACCCCCGGGAACUACGGGGGCAGUUUCAAGAGUUCAUGGGAGACGCCAUCUUUGUCCUUCCUGCUCUUCAGGCAGCUAGAGCUCAUAGAGAUUCUGGUGUCCCCGUCUACUUCUACGAAUUCCAGCAUCGCCCUUCGAUCUUCAGAGACACAAAGCCGGAUUUUGUAAAGGCCGACCACGGAGACGAAGUCUCCUUUGUUUUGGGAGCACCUUUCUUAAGCAGCAACGACUCCCCAUUUGGGGGAUACACGGAGGAGGAGAAGCGGCUCAGCAAGACCAUGAUGAGAUACUGGGCGAACUUUGCCCGCAGCGGGAACCCAAACGGCAAAGGGCUGGUGGAGUGGCCCCAGUACGACCAGAAAGAGGGCUUCCUGGAACUGGGCUUGGAGCAAAGAGAAGCCGAGAAGCUGAAGCAGAGGAAAGUCGACUUCUGGCUGAAGACUCUGCUGGAGCAGAUGAGGGAGAAAACAGCAGCGGAGGAGAAAGAGCAGAAAACACACCAAGAGCUGUAGGCAAGGGAGGGGUGGCCACAGAGGAGAGCGCUGCGUCUCUAGGGGGGAGGAGGAGGAGGAGGAGGAGGAGGAGGAGGAGGAGGAGGAGGAGGAGGAGGAGGAGGAGGGGGCACCUUCAAGAGCAGAGCAGUUUAUACUGAUAUUAUUACACAAAUGGUUGUGGGCACAGAAAGGGCUCAGUCGCUAAACUGAGGCAAUGAGCUAGGCUGUUUGGCGAGAGCCCACCUUCCUUAAAGCAUUACAUAAAAGCAGAGGUUUAAAAACUGAAUGCACAUACAGCGGGAAGCUUGAGCAGGAACAAGAUAAAAAAUACAGGCAGAGGCAAAAGCGCUCACUUAAAACAAUUUGAUCGCAAGCACCCCAUAAGAAUGCAAUAGGAAAUAAAACAUUCAGAAUGCCAGAAACUGAUUGAUGUAAUAAAAGCAGUUUACUCACAAA